CUUUGCCUCAAAAGUUCAUCAUGGUCACGGUGGUGUUCGACCAUAUUCGACUCAGUGCUCAGGCUGGAAUCAUAAUGCAUCGAUAGAAAUGCAAACAAACCACCGUUCCACCGCAUUUUAUUAGCUGUUAUACUUGAACUGGACUAAUACAUACUACAUGAAUCUAUAAUAUGCAGUGCCUAAUGAUAAAUACUGUGCAAACAAUGCCUCUUCUGGCAUUAAAGCAUGUACAUAUCAGACCUGUAGUGACUUGUAGACUGUAUCAUGCACUACAAAUAAGGAAGAAUGAGCAGCACCACAGGAUCUGUACAAACGUUCGAAAUAAAACCACUGCUGUGAUUUUCGACAUGGGAGGAGUUGUGAUACCUGGCCCAGUUGCAGUAUUUCCAAGUCUUGAAGAUAAGCUUGGCAUUCCACAUGGAACGCUUGCUUCAGUGAUGGUAGCAGGUGGGGUGAAUGGUGCAUGGUCAAGGCUCCUCAGGGGAGAACUCAAUGCUCAAACUUUUGUACAACCAUUUGCAGAAGAGUGUUUGAAAAAAGUUGGUAGACCGAUGGAAGUUGAUGGAGUUCUUACUCACUAUGCCAAGCAAGCUGCCACCCCAUUUCCUGAAGUUUUAGAGGCUAUAGAGUGUAUCAGAGCAGAGGGAAUGAAAACAGCACUGCUGACCAAUAACUGGUGUUACCCAGAUGGCAGCACUAUCAGACCAGUAGAUACCAAGUACUUUGAUGUGGUGAUAGAGUCAGCUAUUGUGAAACUAAAAAAGCCAGAUCCGAAGAUCUACCAGAUGUGUUUGGAGCGACUUGGUGCAAAACCCGAAGAAACAGUGUUUCUUGAUGAUAUUGGUAAAUACAUUAAAGGAGCAAAUGACGUUGGGAUCAAAACAAUUCAGGUUAAAAAUAUCAAAGAUGCACUGCUGGAACUCAGUGACAUACUUAGUAUUCCCCUCACGGGUUACGUCGAUGGUACAAUUGCAGUCAGGAAAAAUAUGGAAUUACCAGUAGACUCACUUGUGAACUAUCUCAACAAACUUGGCUUCUCAUCAGAUGUACCACCCAAUGUGCGGGAAUUUAAAAGCGGACAGUCAAAUCCAACUUAUUAUGUUGGAUAUGGAGGGAAGGAAUUUGUUCUAAGAAAAAAACCACCAGGUAAAAUUCUACCAUCGGCCCAUGCAGUAGAAAGAGAAUACAAAGUUAUGAAAGCACUAGGUAGUGCUGGGGUUCCCGUGCCAACAGUAAUAGACCUUUGUGAAGACAGCAGCAUUGUAGGAACGCCGUUUUAUCUGAUGAAUUACAUAAGAGGACGUAUCUUCAAAGAGUUGGCUCUACCUGGCAUGAGCAAUUCAGAAAGGCAGGAUAUUUUUACUGCAAUGUGUGAAACGCUUAUCAAGAUACAUAAGGCUGAUGUUAAGAAAAUAGGACUGCAAGAUUUUGGCAAACACGGAAGUUACAUCUUACGACAGACUUCGAGAUGGAGUAAGCAAUACAAUUCCAGUAAGACCCGUCAGAUAGCAUCGAUGGACAAGCUGAUAGACUGGUUGCCAAAACAUGCACCACAGAAUGACAAAACAACUGUAACACACGGAGACUUCAGAUUGGAUAACAUGAUAUUUCACCCAACGGAACCUGUUGUUUUAGCAGUAUUAGAUUGGGAAUUAUCAACAUUGGGUGAUCCACUAUCUGAUGUUGCUUAUUGGUGUAUAGCACAUUAUCUAAAACCAGAUAAUAUGAUAAUUAAAGGUUUAUAUGGACUUGACUUUAAAAGUUUAGGCAUCCCCACAGAUAAAGAAAUGGUGGAGCAAUACUGCCAGACUGCUGGUAUCCCUGGAAUAGAAAAUUAUGAUUUCUAUAUGGCGUUUAGUUUCUUUCGUAUAGCAGCUAUUUUGCAAGGAGUUUAUAAAAGAUCUUUACAAGGACAAUCAUCAUCACAGACUGGCCAGAUUGUUGGUGCCUAUGCUGAAGAUAUGGCCGACACCGCUUGGUCAUUUGCUGAGAAGUAUAAUAAAACCCUAUCACAAAAACAGUCUGGUAAAAUUGAAAAUCAGCCCGGGAAUCGGAGUUAUUCCACAUGGACAAUCAAUGGGCACCACACAGGACAAAGACAUUACUCCACACAAAGCAAAGAUAACAGCACUACUUAUGGCCUACUUCCUGUUUUGGAAUCAGCUCUCCCAGACCAUGUUCAAGAUCUACAUUCCAGAGUAAAAGCAUUUAUAAAUAAAAAUAUAUAUCCAAUUGAGAAAGAUAUAGUUAAACAUCAGAUGUCUGCUGAUAGGUGGUCACCACAUCCACUUGUUGAGAAAUUGAAGGAGAAGGCAAAAUCAGAGAAUUUAUGGAAUCUGUUUUUACCAAGAGAAACUGACCCAGAUGUAAAAUAUGGUGCGGGCUUAUCUAAUUUGGAAUAUGCUUACCUUUGUGAAAGUAUGGGGAAGUCCAUGAUAGCUCCUGAGGUGUUUAACUGUUCAGCACCAGAUACUGGUAAUAUGGAGGUGCUGGUGAAGUAUGGAACAAAUACCCAAAAACAAGAAUGGCUAAUUCCCUUAUUGGAUGGGAAAAUAAGAUCAUGUUUUGCUAUGACAGAACCUGAGGUUGCGUCAUCAGAUGCCUCUAAUAUCAGAUCGUCUAUCAUACAAGAAGGAGGAGAAUACAUCCUGAAUGGGAGGAAGUGGUGGACGUCUGGAGCUAUGGAUCCAAGGUGUAAAUUAUGUAUAUUUAUGGGAAAGACCGACACAUCAGCAGCUCGACAUCAGCAACAAUCAAUGAUUCUUGUUCCCAUGGAAUCACCAGGUAUUACAAAAAUUCGUCCUUUAUCUGUUUUUGGAUUUGAUGAUGCCCCUGCUGGCCAUGCAGAAAUUGUUUUUGAAAAUGUCCGAGUGCCAGCUACCAAUUUGUUAUUAGGCGAAGGCAGAGGAUUCGAAAUUGCUCAAGGGCGUCUUGGGCCAGGUCGUAUACAUCAUUGCAUGAGGCUCAUUGGGUAUGCAGAAAGAUCGCUAGAACUGAUGAUAAAGAGGGUGAAGGACAGAGUCGCAUUUGGCAAACCAUUGGUAGAACAAGGUACAAUCCAAGCUGAUAUCGCUGAAUCUAGAAUGGAUAUUGAGCAAGCAAGGCUGUUAACUCUUAAAGCAGCUCAUAUGAUGGAUACCGUUGGAAACAAGGUUGCAGCACCAGAGAUUGCAAUGAUUAAAGUGGUAGCUCCUCGUAUGGCGCAGCGAGUGAUUGAUAGAUCUAUGCAAGCACAUGGAGGUGGUGGACUCAAUCAUGAUUUUCCCUUGGCAAUAUUCUUUGCAUGGGCUCGCAUAUUGAGACUUGCAGAUGGACCAGACGAAGUACACAGAAGAGCAGUAUCAAAAAUGGAAAUCCGAAAACAUACAUAGACAACAAAAACUACUGAUAUAUGCUUGAUUAAUUUAAAAGUCGAAC